GGGGGAGAGAUGCUACACUGUGGCCUAGGAAUCUACAUGGGGUUAAUGAUCCGUGUACAGGUGGUUUGAAACUGUCUCUUGCUGCCUGUAUAAGAAACAGUUGAGGGUGAGAGCAGAGGCAGCAGUCAGGUGGCUGUUGGUACUCUUGUAGGGUCCUGAAGGAGUUCAUGCAGACAAGCAAGCUCAGGGAGAAGACACAGUGAGAUGGAGACCUGAUGCUAUCUGCCCCUCCAUCCUUCACACAAACCCAAUUCUCUUUCUUCACUUCCCUCCCCAGUACUGCUUAUGAUCGCUGAUUCUGACUAAUCUUGCAGAAAGGUAGAAAAUUCCCAUGGGAUCUGUGGUCAGGAAGCUUUUUAUUGUCUUUGACCACUAGUGAGGCAAAUGGUUAAAGGCUACCCCCCUCCUUUCUGGCUCCCGGCCAUACCCUGCGUGUUCUUUUUGGUUGGGAAGCAGUCUCAGGCAACCUAUGUGGCAAAGCCAAGUGACUGUGUGUGCGUGUGUGUGAGUGUGUGAGUGUGUGUGUGUGUGUGUGUGUGUACAAGCGCGUGCGUUGGUAUGUAUGUAUGUAUAUUGUGCUGUGUGUCAUGUGUAGGGAGAGGGCUUGGGGCUGGGAUCCCAUGACGUUACUGGCUCCUCCUCCCGGUGAAUAUAAGGGGCCGCUUGGCUUGCAAGGACCCUGAGCUACGGCGGGCGUUGAAGCCUGAGCAGCUUAAGUCUGCAGACCCAGCCCAACUCGACUGAAGUCAGCCUCACUGAACCAGAUUUGAGAAUCUUCGCCCUCUGGGCUUGCCACCGCUCUCUGAACCUAGCAUCCUCUUCAAUUCCAACUAGAAUGCUGUGGCAGGCACUUCGAAGAUUUGGUCAAAAGCUGGUGCGGAGACGUGUGCUGGAGCUGGGCAUGGGUGAGACCCGCCUUGCCAGAUGCCUGAGCACUCUCGACUUAGUGGCCCUGGGUGUGGGCAGCACAUUAGGUGCAGGUGUGUAUGUCCUGGCUGGUGAGGUGGCCAAAGAGAAAGCAGGACCAUCCAUUGUGAUCUGCUUUUUGGUGGCUGCUCUGUCCUCUGUGUUGGCUGGACUGUGUUAUGCUGAGUUUGGUGCCCGGGUCCCCGGCUCUGGUUCUGCAUACCUCUACAGUUAUGUCACCGUAGGUGAACUCUGGGCCUUCACCACCGGCUGGAAUCUCAUUCUCUCCUACGUCAUUGGUACAGCCAGUGUGGCCCGGGCUUGGAGCUCUGCUUUUGACAACCUGAUUGGAAACCACAUCUCUCAGACUCUGAAGGGGACCAUCUUACUGAACAUGCCUCAUGUUCUUGCAGAAUAUCCAGAUUUCUUUGCCUUGGCCCUUGUGUUGCUGCUCACUGGAUUGCUGGUUUUGGGGGCGAAUGAAUCCGCCCUGGUUACCAAAGUGUUCACAGGGAUGAACCUUUUGGUUCUCGGGUUUGUCAUCAUCUCUGGCUUCAUUAAGGGAGAGCUGAGAAACUGGAAGCUCACGAAAGAGGACUAUUGCUUGACUAUGAGUGAAUCCAAUGGCACUUGUAGCUUGGAUUCUAUGGGCUCUGGAGGUUUCAUGCCUUUUGGCUUGGAAGGGAUUCUCCGUGGCGCUGCUACCUGUUUCUAUGCCUUCGUUGGUUUUGACUGUAUUGCGACCACUGGGGAAGAGGCUCAGAAUCCCCAGCGCUCCAUCCCUAUGGGUAUUGUGAUCUCACUGUCCAUCUGCUUUUUGGCUUAUUUUGGUGUGUCAUCAGCACUGACGCUCAUGAUGCCUUACUACAAGCUUCAGCCUGAGAGCCCUCUGCCUGAAGCUUUUUCCUAUGUUGGCUGGGAGCCUGCCCGCUACCUGGUGGCUAUUGGCUCCCUCUGUGCACUUUCUACUAGCCUUUUGGGCUCUAUGUUUCCUAUGCCUCGGGUGAUCUAUGCGAUGGCAGAAGAUGGCCUUCUGUUCCGUGUCCUUGCUAGGGUCCACAAUGGCACACAUACACCCAUUGUGGCCACUGUGGUAUCUGGUGUUAUUGCAGCAUUCAUGGCAUUCCUCUUUGAACUCACUGAUCUCGUGGACCUCAUGUCAAUCGGGACUCUGCUCGCUUACUCCCUGGUGUCAAUUUGUGUUCUUAUCCUCAGAUAUCAGCCUGACCAAGAAAUGAAGAACGGUGAAGAGGAAGUGGAAUUGCAAGAGGAGGAGACACUCGAAGCAGAAAAGCUGACUGUCCAGGCUCUAUUUUGUCCAGUCAACUCCAUCCCCACACUCCUUUCUGGCCGAAUUGUCUAUGUUUGCUCAUCACUGCUUGCUGUACUACUAACUGUUCUUUGCCUGGUGCUGACCUGGUGGACAACUCCGCUUCAUUCUGGAGACCCAGUGUGGGUCACAGUGGUUGUGCUGAUCCUGGGGCUGAUCCUUGGAAUUUCUGGGGUCAUCUGGAGACAACCACAGAACCGCACUCCCCUUCAUUUUAAGGUGCCCGUUGUUCCUCUACUCCCACUGGUGAGCAUCUUUGUGAAUGUUUACCUGAUGAUGCAAAUGACAGCUGACACUUGGGCCCGAUUUGGGGUCUGGAUGCUGAUUGGAUUUGCUAUCUACUUCGGCUAUGGGAUCCAACACAGCGUGGAAGAAGUUAAGAAUCAUCAAACUCUACCCAAGACAAGGCCCCAAACUAUAGACCUUGAUCUCACCACUUCUUGUGUUCAUAGUAUUUGAUGUAACUAUACCCAAGUGUUGUCUUGUUCUCCUACACAAUAAUGGAGAGUACUCUUGACCCCACGAAGAGCUGGGCCUCUCAUGUGAUGUUAGUGAUGGAUAUGAAGUAGAGCUCUGUAUUUCUUGCGAAAUGAUGGCUAAUUCUUUGCUGUUACUUUGUUUUUAACUUGUCCACUUUGAAAUAGUCUCUGUAGUUGUUUCCUGGCUUUGAAAAAUGUUAUUAAAAGAAAAUUGGGAAAAAAAAAA